AAUGUUCGCUUCCGCUUUCCAGGAGCGGCUGCCGGUAACGCGCAGGCGGUCUUGAACGUCCCACUGGUCCUCAUUGUGCAGCAGAGGAAACAUCGCAAGGUUUCGAGACGACGUUGGUAUGAAAUGGCAGAAAGUGCUUGUGUCACGGAAGCACAAAGAUUAGGUUACGUAGAAGCUACACAUGUAUUUUGCGAUGAGCCUGGCCUGCUAGUGUGAAGGAAACGGGAGUGUAUCCGGAGGAAAAAGGGAUUCAGGAGCUGUUUUUCUCCGAAAAACGUCCCGGUUGUGUCUCCAGCAGGCAGCAAACGGCGACUGCGGGUCGACACUGUAGGAAUUAACCGGAGAGGGGUCUUGAGAGCUCCACUUGAAUGCCCAGUCACGGCGUUUGUCCAAGGCUUCACCAUGAACCGGAACAAGCGUGAAAAGGAGUACUACAGUAUAGAUGUGGGCGAUUCAACUUUUAUGGUUUUAAAGCGCUACCAGAACCUCAGACCCAUUGGAUCCGGAGCACAGGGAAUUGUCUGUUCAGCGUAUGACCACAACUUGGAGAGGAACGUCGCCAUCAAGAAGCUGAGCCGGCCGUUUCAGAAUCAAACUCACGCAAAACGGGCCUACAGAGAACUGGUGCUCAUGAAAUGUGUCAACCACAAGAACAUAAUUGGCCUAUUAAAUGUAUUCACACCACAGAAGACACUGGAAGAAUUCCAAGAUGUGUAUCUAGUGAUGGAGCUCAUGGAUGCCAACCUCUGCCAGGUGAUUCAGAUGGAGCUGGACCAUGAGAGGCUGUCCUACCUGCUCUACCAGAUGCUGUGUGGAAUCAAACACCUGCACUCUGCCGGCAUCAUACACAGGGACCUGAAGCCCAGCAACAUUGUGGUGAAGUCUGACUGCACACUGAAGAUCCUGGACUUUGGCCUGGCCAGGACAGCCGCCACCGGCCUCCUCAUGACGCCCUAUGUGGUCACCCGCUACUACCGCGCUCCUGAAGUCAUCCUUGGGAUGGGCUACCAGGCCAAUGUGGAUAUUUGGGCUGUGGGCUGCAUUAUGGCAGAAAUGGUUCGCCACAAAAUCCUUUUUCCAGGAAGGGAUUAUAUCGACCAGUGGAAUAAGGUGAUCGAGCAGCUGGGGACACCGUCUCAGGAGUUCCUGAUGAAGCUCAACCAGUCAGUGAGGACCUAUGUGGAGAACAGGCCACGGUAUGCUGGCUACAGCUUUGAGAAGCUCUUCCCUGAUGUACUGUUUCCUGCAGACUCUGAGCACAACAAACUGAAAGCGAGCCAAGCCCGAGACCUACUAUCCAAGAUGCUGGUAAUAGACGCAUCAAAGAGGAUCUCGGUGGACGAGGCUCUUCAGCACCCUUAUAUCAACGUGUGGUACGACCCGACUGAAGUGGAGGCACCACCACCGGUGAUCACAGACAAGCAGCUGGAUGAGAGAGAGCACACAGUGGAGGAGUGGAAAGAGUUGAUAUACAAAGAAGUGUUGGACUGGGAAGAGAGGACAAAGAAUGGUGUCAUCAGGGGACAGCCAGCGUCCAUAGCACAGGUGCAACAGUGAGCAGCAGCACCACCAGCACCACACCUCCACGUCCUCCUCCUCCUCUGUCAACGACGUCUCCUCCAUGUCCACCGACCCGACCCUGACCGACACCGACAGCAGCCUGGAGAUGGCCGGCCCCGCCGCUGUUGCUGCCGCUGCUUCUACAGCCACCGGCCCCCUGGGCUGCUGCAGAUGACUAUCACCUCCUCCAGGUCCUGGGCUGGGCCUCGCCCCCUGGUCACAUCCAAGACCACUUGCCUGACACUGGCUCCUGGCCCCGCCCCCUGCAUUUGCCUCCCCCCACCUCCUCUCUGUGCUUGUCUUCAGUAGUGUAGCGAUUAGCCAGCUAGCUGUUUUAGAAAUAUUUUGAUUUCUGAAAGGACAGAUCUUUUGUCUUUUUUUAUUACAGUUAGUCUUUUUUAAAAAUUAGGAUUUCUUUUCAUUUGAGUUCUAGCUGUAAUUUAUUGUGGCAUUUCUUAAUUUUUCAGAAACCUAAGAUGAUGAUAAGAGAAUUUUUAUGAUUUCACUAUGUUCCGGUUUGUAUUAACCGACAGUGAGAAUUUAAAGAAAUAUCUGUAAAAUGUUUUAAUGUGAUCUAUUUUUUUCUGUUGAAAGUCAUUUGUUUCACCUGUAAGCUACUGCUUUUACAAUUUGCCAUAUAAAUGUAGAUUGAGUUUGUACAGAUUUUAUGGUAGUUGUAGUUUUAUCUUCAAUACAAGUUUGCAGUGAGCCAUUGAAACAUAAUUGAAUUGACAAAUGUAUCGUCUUAGUACUCCCCUUAUCUGUUUUAUCUCACAUAAUAUGGAUAUUGGUUUAAGCGCAUACGACAUAUCCAUUUAUUUGAACUGAGAUCAUGUAGAUUUACUUGUAAAAAAAAGUUUUUCUUGUGAGUCACUACUACUUCCUCCAUUGUAAAAUUUUAACAAAAGCUUUCUAAUUUACUCAUUCUUCACUUCCUGUUCAGACGUGAUAGGAUUUCAAAAUGAUUUUCACUCACUAUGUGAUUCAUUUUACCUUCUACAUUUAAGCUAAGGGAUUCAUAAUGGCACAGUUAGGACUGUCUUCUGUAUUUUUAAGUGCUUUAAAGUACCUCUUCCUCUUGUCUGCAACAGGCUGUGUGACAUGGAACUGGAGUGGUGGUAUUGCUUUGGAGGACUGGAUGCACAGAGCUCUUUCACAUUCUCCACUGGCUUGCUUUGACAGCGAGGUAUUGCUAACAAUUCAGGACUUGAGAAUGUUUUUUUGUCGUGCUUUGGGAGAUUCUUUCGAAAUGUAGAGUUGUGCGAAGUUGUAAAAUCGGUGACGGUGUAUGUAGAAUGUGCUUCAGUCAAGUAGGGAAUUGUGAUAUUGAGAACGCAUAUGAACGUGUUGAUAUUGGGUGUCUUGGAGGGAUAGUGAUUCUGCAGCCUGGUGGAACAGUGUGAAAAGAUGUCUGCUUCUUACUACCAGAUCCUGCUAUUAAUAAUGUACUUUUGGAAAUUUGGAAAUUUGAAAGUGAUUUUUCUAAAAGUUGGCCAAACACUUGUUUGUACCAGACUUGCCUGCAAUUGUGAAUGAAACUCAAAUAAACUAAAACUUAGCAUGUUAAACAGCAGCACAAACAACUAGAGUCAAAAGAAACAAAUUAUUCUUACGGUAUGCAAUAAUUAGUAUUUUUGAUUGUUUUUGAUUUUGCUUUGAAAGGAAAAGUGCCUGUUGUUUGUCAUUCAUUCCUAAGAACCUGGGAGGAAGUGUAUUCAUUACAUGUAGGUUUUUAUGGCGUCUGGAUAACAACAGUAGUUUCCAUAUCAAACCAAUAAUGUAUGAUGGGGUUGUAGUUCUCACAAAUGUAUUGUAUAUUUUUGUACUUGUUUUGAUUUUGACCCUUGAGCGGGAGACGAGAUGUGAUGUCUUUGCAGGGUAAGGUGAUGGCGUAUACGUUGAGAUGCUUAAGCAUGUGUUUGAGUCAUUUCAGAAGAAAAGGCAGUUUUAUCAAGGUCUUUCAUCAAAGUAAAAAUAAGCGUUUCUUUACAGUGACAGCAACCGAAAAAUAGGUUAAUAACAGUUUUUUUUUUUGGCUUUUCUUUGAGUACUAAUUUAAUGUGAUGAUUGUAAGACAGACGAGUGAACAGGAUAGACAUGUUCUAAAAUUCAACUAUUGGAUCGAACUAAACGAGUGAACUCUGCGACUGCAUGGUUGUCAGUAUUUUGUGGUGAUUUUGGAUACUCUUUCCUGUUGGAAGGCAGGUUGAUACUUUUAGUUACGAAGACAUAUCUAAGAGGCAGAGCCAAGCAACGACAGUGUUUCUGGCUAAGUAGCUUUUUAAGUUUAAAAUUAUGUAACGCUCGGGGUACUAACUGAAAAAAAUGCUCUUACCAUAGUUACUCAAGUUUACACGAGCCAUAUUAGCUUAAAGCUAUCCAGGCAAGUUGUGUAAAUGUUUGUUGACCUUUGACGAUCAUGAAUAUCAUGGUUAUAAAUUAAUAAAACAAAGGAGUCUGUGCUAUUUCAAUGAACAUUUUUUGCUCAAGCUAAUGAGGUUUCCUGCGGCACAUUCUGCCUGAUAGAAAUGUUUGCAUAACUAAACUUCCUAUCUACAAGAGGCAGAGUUAGGAUGUAUUGUAUUGUCCAAACGUGUAACACAGCACUGCCUGUCUCUUGGUCUAAGGACGUUUUUCUAGAAAGCUCAAAACAAAGUUGCAAGAAAGAUGGUCUUUGUACUGUAGCUCUGUGCUGUGCUCUACUUACUCAGCAUGUUAUUGUCUGCCAAAUAUGUAAGGCUAAACAGACGUUACCAUUUAUUUAACGGCAUGUCUCAAAUACUGCUGCAUUAUGGCUUCUUCUCUGUUUCAAGUUCUGGACUUACACCAGCUAUUCGUAAAUCCAUUACUAAGUGUGUGUGUGUGUGUGUGUGUGCCCUAGUUAUUAGUAACAACUAGCUAGUUUCUAACUAGAGAUUUAGUAUAUUGGGUUGCACCAUUACAACUUAAGGAAUGUCUUAGCGAGUAGAAACCUUAGCAAAGGGUAAAUUGGUUGUCAGAUUAAAAUCAAUUAAUUAUGUAAAAUGGAAUUCACUGUAGCAUCACAAGCUGUUACAUAACUUCCAAAAAUGACAGGCCAAACGAUAUAUUAAACUUAACUGCCGGUCCUUUGGAUUUCAGAAUUAGUAGUAUCCAUACAGUUUAGAAUAAGUAAGAAAUAUGUCAUUACACUAUUACGCUCAAUUUUAUUUGGUCAUUCAAUCUACCAUUAUCUACCAUAAUAUGUUGUAAUUUGAGGUAUUUUGUGUUAUUUUUGUAGAAUUUAUCAUCAUUAUUAACAGCAUUUUAUGGUCAGCGUGUCGAGCAUAUUACAGAAUGUCUCUUACUCUUCAGUCUAAACGGGUAAUAUAUUAGCAAGCAAAUGUUAGCUUUGUUACUGAGCUAUGCAACAGUUAACAUUUAAUAUAUUGACAAGCAAAUGUUAGCCUUGUUACUGAGCUACACAACAGUUAACAUUUAAUAUAUUGGCAAGCUAAUGUUAGCUUUGUCACUGAACUACACAAAAGUUAACAUUUAAUAUAUUGGCAAGCAAAUGUUAGCCUUGUUACUGAACUACACAACAGUUAACAUUUAAUAUAUUGGCAAGCUAAUGUUAGCUUUGUCACUGAACUACACAACAGUUAACAUUUAAUAUAUUGGCAAGCUAAUGUUAGCUUUGUCACUGAACUACGCAACAGUUAACAUUUGAUAUAUUAGCAAGCUAAUGUUAGCUUUGUCAGUUAGGUACACAACAGUUAAUAGUUAAUAUAUUAGCAAGAUAACCUUAGCUUUGUCAGUUAGUUAAGCAACAGUUAAAGCUGGCAGUUGCUGGUUGUAAAUAUUUUCUAAUCUCUAUGUAAGAACUAGUUUAUUUGGUGCAAUCCAUUUUAGUUUUGUGAUACAUAAAUCUCCACUUUGUAAACACUUACGUUACAACUAGGCUAAAUUUGAACUUACGAACAGCUGGUGCCAGUGGCUCCUGCUCUCUUUGCAGUCACCAGAAUUUAAAAGCAAAGGUUUGGUAAAGAGUGAGCAACAGUUUGCUAGUAAAGGGCAGUAACAGCAACUGCAGAGCCAGAUUAGUACAGUACAAAUCUAAAUUCACUCUGCCAUCAGUUAUUGUAAAUUGGCAAAACUUAAAUUGUCCAGUAGUAAAUGUGCAGGAGUAUUUUGACAAACAAGUAAAAACUAGGUCUUAAGCAGUGUCACAUCUGUAAGAAGGCAGCAAUAGCAGGGAGAAAAUCAGUGGUUUGUAUCCAUUUGUCAUAUUAGCCCAUUUGUCAUAUUAUCUAAUCUAUCAGAAAAAACACUUUGUUGUCUAAAGUGCUCUUAAUUUUCUUAGCCCAACAUUAGGGGCUUUAAUUGGAGUAUUUUUUUUUCUUCUUCUUAGGUUGUUGUUGCUUUUUAUAAUUACUGCAUCUCUCCAAACAAUGUCAUUUUGAUUUAAGUCAGCUUUGAUGAACUACCUCACGCUGAAUUUCUGCCAGUUCUUGCAUAUACUUAGUCACCUGCAGAAUUAGCUAUCGAAGACGUGUGAAUAACAGAUUCCAUUAUUUAUUUAUUUGAAAGUGUACUAUUUGUCGGUUUCAACAGACUUCUAGUUUUGUACAUUAUGUAUACUUCACUUAGAAGUAAGAGAAUUGUUAUAUGUAUUUUUUUUUUUUGUUCUUUUUGUUUUUGUGUUUUGUUUUUUGUUUUUAAACUAAAUGUGCAAUACCUUCAGCAAACUGUGCUAGUAGUAUGUGAUGGGCCUAGCCUUUGUUAACUGUCUCCUGAAGGUAAAGAAAAUGUUUGGUACUGUCAAUCCAUGUUUUCCUUUUUUAUGAAUAAGAGCAAUUUUUAUUUCUGUGACUUGUUUAUAGUCAUGAUGUUACGUAAUUAGUCUUACCCACCAAACAAAUCUGUCGGCCAUGGUUUUGACGCAGAGACAGGAAGUGCUUUGAGUCACAACAUGGCUAGUAGAUUUUGAUUUGGAAUGUGGUAAAGACAAUAAUGUUAAUAAACACAAAAAAGAUGAGUAAAUACCUACAAGAAAUCAUUAUAUGUAUGGUGCUGGUUUGUAAUGUUUGCUAGUGAAUCCAGCCAUGCAAGUAGUUUUAAGAAUUCCUGGAUCUGCGCGUCCCAAAAACCGCAACCAACGAAGAAGUGCACUACUAGAAUACAUGCACUGGGAUCUGAUGAUGCCGCCUCUUAAAAAAAAAACAAAAAAAACAAAAAAAAAAAACAUGUACUGCAAAUAAAAGAAAUACACUUUGA